GUCAAACCCAGCAAUGCUGUCGGCCAGGAGAGCGCUGCUUGUGGGCUUGAGGAGCGCGGCGGUGACGCGCCGCGGAUGCGCUGGCUCCACGGUCCCGAUAGACGACGUUGUGAACGGACUGACCGAGGAACAGAUACAGCUCUCCUGAACCGAAUGAUCAUCUGCAUCUUAACGAUGAGCUGUAGUGUGAAUCCGCGGUCUUCCCCCAGCACCGUAACCCUCGCACUGAACCCCUGUGCAGUUUAAAGGCUGGCUGAAUUGUGUAUCCUUUGUAAUAAGGGGUGGGAUUCUGCUUCCACUUCUGAUUGGCUGCUCCCUCUGUGAUGUCACAACCUCGGUUUUUGAGUUCAGCGAAAGGUUCCUGACCUUGACCGUGACCUCUUCAGUGAGCACCGCUAUUGGUGAAGCUCAGACAAACCAUCCACAGAUUCUGUCAGGAGCAGCUGGCGCCCAAAGCCCAGGAGAUCGACAAGAACAACGAGUUCAGAGAGAUGAGGGAGUUUUGGAAGAAGCUUGGUGAUCUUGGAGUCCUUGGAAUAACCGCUCCCGCGGAGUUCGGCGGCUCUGCGAUGGGCUACCUGGAUCACGUGAUCGUGAUGGAGGAGAUCUCCCGCGUCUCUGCCGCGGUGGGGCUCAGCUACGGGGCGCACUCCAACCUGUGUGUCAACCAGCUGGUGCGCAACGGCAGCCAGGCCCAGAAAGAGAAGUACCUGCCCAAGCUCCUGAGUGGAGAGCAUGUGGGUGCCCUGGCUAUGAGCGAGCCCAAUGCGGGCUCUGACGUUGUCUCUAUGAAACUGAAAGCAGUGAAGAAAGGGGAUCACUAUGUGCUGAAUGGUAAUAAGUUCUGGAUCACGAACGGGCCGGAGGCAGAUGUUCUGAUCGUUUACGCCAAGACAGAGCCGUCCGCCAACGCACAGGGGAUCACAGCCUUCAUCCUGGAGAAGGGAAUGUCAGGGUUCAGCACAGCUCAGAAGCUGGACAAGCUGGGAAUGAGGGGCUCCAGCACCUGUGAGCUGAUCUUCGAGGACUGCAAAGUGCCCGAGCAGAGCAUGCUGGGUCACCUGAACAAAGGUGUGUAUGUGCUGAUGAGUGGCCUGGACCUGGAGAGGCUGGUGCUGUCAGCAGGACCUCUAGGGAUCAUGCAGGCGGUCAUGGAUCACUCCAUCCCCUACAUGCACGUCAGAGAGGCUUUCGGGCAGAAGAUCGGACACUUCCAGCUGUUACAAGGGAAGAUGGCUGACAUGUACACCCGCCUCAGCUCUUGCAGACAGUAUGUGUACAACGUGGCGCGAGCCUGCGACAGGGGGCACUUCAGCUCCAAGGACUGUGCUGGAGUGAUUCUGUACACUGCAGAAACAGCAACUCAAGUAGCACUUGAUGGAAUUCAGUGUCUCGGUGGGAACGGCUACAUCAAUGACUACCCGAUGGGGCGCUUCCUGCGCGAUGCCAAGCUGUACGAGAUCGGAGCCGGGACCAGCGAGGUCCGCAGACUGAUCAUCGGCAGGGCUUUCAACGCCAUGUACAAAUAAAGAGAGCCAGGGCUCAAUACACAGGACCUGUGAUCAGGGCUCCAAACCUGCAGCUCCUGCCCCCAGUCCUGGGUUCACAGCGUUGAGCAGAAUCUCUUCCUUCAGCUGAUUUCUUUUAAGGAAAGUUGCUAUAAUUGUAUCACUUUGUUGCUACUGGACAGGAAUGUUUCUAAUGUAAAAUCUGUAAAAAAGCAAAAAAGAGUCCUGCAUUUGUGAGGCUCCGCGAUGUGCUCAAAGGAACAGUCCAAGUUAAUGAUAAUUAUAUAUUAAGUUUGACCUUGACUUUACCAUGGCUUAUUAUGCUGGUCUUCCUCUCCUUGGGUCUCUCUAAUCAGCUGUGCGGGAUACUGAUUGGGUUGUUGGGAUUGCUGAUCAGAAACACUAAGUCUCUAAAUGGGACUGCUAGAGUGCUGUGCGAAUGGGAAUUACAGGUGUAUGAAUCCUGUGCCCUGUUCCUCAGUCUGUCAUUAAUGAUCAUUAUGAUCAGGUAACACAUAUUACACAGUACUGCAUCAGGACCAUUUCAUGAAUCGGGACCCUGGAUCCGGGACUCCUAUUGCAGAGCACUUUCACCUGUUCCAGGUGUUAAUACACGCUUGAUUAGCCACAGUUUGUAACAAGCUCAGGUGCGUCUUAUUAAACUCGUGUACAGGAUUUACACUCUCACUGAUGCCCUCGGCACAUCCACAAGCCUGCCUUGUUGUAUAGCCAGCUUGUUUGCUUUCAUUCCUCAUGGGUUUUAGCUGCAUGAUCACACUGCGUCCUCCAGCACUGCUCUGUCCAUAUGCCUUCCAUCCACAGCACAGUCCUGUGUAGAGACCUCCGCACUUACAGCUGCUGGCCACCAGAGGUCACACCUCGCAGCUGCGGCCAAUAGCGUCAGCAGCACGAAUGUUGUUUUAAUUGAUUCUUAAUAUUAUUGCAUGAUUUUAUUAUGAUGAAUGCCACCCACAUGAAUGCACAUAUAGAUAUAUAUAUAUAUAUAGAGAGAUAUAUAUAUAUAGAGAUAUAUAGAUAUAUAUAUAUAUAUAUAUAUAGAGAUAUAUAAUUCAACAUAGAAGUGGCAAAACCCAGAGUCUGAAUGAUUGCAAACAGCAGGGAAAGAAGCUGAAUGAAAUGUAAAGAAAAAGUGCAUUCAUUUGAAGCCAUUUACUGCUCGAUGAAUGAUCAGCUUUUCCAGAAAAAUAACACUGUUGACUAAAAAGAGUAAUACAAUUCAAGCUAGUUUGCCAUCAAAGGAGUGCUGCACAUCUAUUAAAAGCUGUUUCCUCUUACCAGCAUGAGCAGUGCUGCUGUGUGCUGGGGAGAUGUGUGUUCACUGCUUGUUUAAAUAUUUGAUAUCUCCUGUUUCAUUGAAAGGACUAGAACAGUAGUUCAUUGUAGUAUUAUGAUGAUUAUUAUUAGUAGUAUUCUUUACCAGCUGCAGUAAGGAUCUCUAAGGCACUCUCAAGCUGUUAUCAGGGUUGAUCUCCUUUCAAACAAUAGGAGUGAAUUAAAGACUGGAUAUCUAUACCCCAGAUUUAAAGCAAUCUAUCUAUCCCUGUGUAUACUUUGUGCUGAGUGUGUGACACAUAAGACGACAGUUACUUAAUAAAAACAAGUUGGAAAUGUCA